AUGGAAGGGAAGGUGCUGAGGGGAAGGGAGGUGAAGGGGGAAGGGUCGAAGGUGGCUGUGGGGGGCCAUGCCAGGCCCCGCAGGCAGGAGAGCGGCACGGGCAGGCGGCGAGGGGCGAGGAGCUGCCUGCGCCCCCCUCCACCACAGGCCCCUGGCACGAAGAUACCAGUGAGAAAGAAGCAGCAGCUGCCACACCAGAGUGCCACCACCACUGUGCGGGCAGAUAAACACCACCACAAAACCAGAGAGCAGCAGGGCCGCUCCCCUCCAUCACUUGAAAUCCCAAGUCCUGGGAGGAACCCUGACUCAGCCCAAUACAAAACAGAAGGGAAUCAGAAGGAUACAGAAAUAAACAAGGUUGUGGUAUCAACUUCCAUAAUUUUGGAAUCUAGUCAAACAGAUCGAGGUCUUUCUGCUCUGCUUAACGAAAGCCUUCGAUGGGAUGGGAUUCUUGAAGAUCCUGCAGCAGAGGAAGAAAGGCUGCGUAUCUAUAAGAUGAACAGAAGGAAACGUUACGAAUUGUAUAUCCAGCAACAUUUGCCUGCUGAGCCAUGCCCAACUGUCAGGCAUUCCCCAUUACUCCAUCACAGGGCGCCAUGCACCAGCAGCGAUCACACAGUACGUAAAGGAGAUUGCUGCAGUUGUUUUCCGGAGGAGCAAGCGUGAACCAGUCCCAAAUGCUGAAUG